AUGUAUACACAAAAACAGAACCUGAAAAAGCUCCUAACAGAAAAAGGCAUCGAGGUCCAACAAUGCAACCCAAGGUUCAUGCACGAACAAGAGACGAGUGUUAAGUUAUUGUUUAAACUCACUGGGCCAACCAGUUGGACCUACACGGGAAAUUGUUCAGGAGUUCAAGCAAUUCUUGGGAAAAGUAUAUGGUUCCUGAAGCUGGAAAGAGAAUGGGUGAUGCAGGCUAUCAAUGGAAGCUGGAAAGCUCAUAAAUGCUUUACUAAGAAUAACUACUUCUCUGCAUAUCCCAUUGAUGCUUUAAGAUGGUUUCAUAAGCCAGACACAAUUUUAGAACCUCAAUUUAGAGAGCUUUUGCAAUAUUGGCAUUCUAAAGUGGCUGAGAACGUGAAGUUACUCUAUGACGCAUGUAUUCCAUACUGGACCACCUCAGCUUUCAUUGAAUUGGAAUUCAGUAAGAUCAACAAAGACAAUCGCCUAAUGUUAGAUGAUAUGCACACUAUGGGCCGUAACUCUUACGCAAUUUUACGCCAUAAGUUGGAUCCUGAUAAGCAAGAACCUUCUCAAGCAAGGGUCUAUAAGGAGUCAAGAAAGAGAACGGUGGGAAGGAAAUACCUUACCAACCAUGAAAAAAUAGAAGAGAAUAUUGCUAAAAUGGAUGCUUUGGAGUCUUCCCAACAUGAAGAUGGUAGUAACUCUAAGGACCCUUACUCCGAAGUGAUUCCAGAUCCUAAGCGCAAAAGCCGUGUACGCCUACAAGGAAAAGGUGUAAAAAAGUCAGAUUUGAAGAAAAAAGAUAAAAAGUCAGAUUUCGUAUUCCCGACAGGAUUUUUAGAAAGUAUGCAAUCUCAAUUAGUACAACAACUUGCACCAAGCAUAACAACUGCAAUUUUGACUCAACUUCGGGAUGCUAACCCUCGGAUCAAUUUUGUCUUUCCUGAUUUUGCAAUUCCAUCGGCUCCAAAGGAUGCAUCUAGUGCGCCACAUCUUCUUGUUUGA